AUGAAGACCUCAUUUUUGCUUGCUAUAGGUCUGGCUGUGGAGGCUUGCCUAGGCCUGGUUUCCGCCCCGAAUUAUGUUCGUCAGAUUAAUGCCACAGACUCUUCCCUCCAAGACAUCGUGACGUGGGAUGAGUACUCCAUAAGGGUACGCGGGGAGCGCAUUCUUCUCUUAUUGGGAGAGUUCCAUCCAUUCCGUCUCCCUUGUCCGGGGCUCUGGCUCGAUGUCUUCCAAAAAGUCCGCGCGCUUGGGUUCUCGGCUGUGUCCUUUUACGUCGACUGGGCUCUUCUUGAGGGUGAGCGAGGGUCCAUCCGGGCGGAUGGAGUUUUCGCGCUCGAAGAGUUCUUUCAGGCCGCUACAGAAGCCGGUCUGUAUUUGACUGCUCGUCCUGGUCCUUAUAUUAAUGCUGAAGUUUCCGGGGGCGGAUUUCCCGGCUGGUUGAAACGGGUGCAAGGCCGGCUCAAGACUACGGAUCAAGGCUACUUGGAUGCCAUCACUCCCUAUAUGCAGGCAAUAGGGCGCAUUAUUGCGAAGGCACAGAUCACGAAUGGUGGCCCGGUGAUCCUAUUUCAACCCGAGAAUGAGUAUACGGCUUGCGUACAAGACGAAGGCUACACGCAAAAGGAGUAUAUGGCAUACGUGGAAGAGCAAUAUCGAAAGGCUGGAAUAGUCGUGCCGUUUAUCGUCAAUGAUGCCGAUCCUAUGGGCAACUUCGCUCCCGGCACGGGAGUUGGCGCUGUUGACAUUUACAGCUUCGAUGAUUAUCCCUUACAAUGGAGCACAGCACCAUCCAAUCCGUCAAAUUGGUCAUCCCUGAUAAGCCCAUUGCUCUCCUACAAUGAAACCGUCCAUGAAGAACAGAGCCCGACCACGCCGUUUUCCAUAUCCGAAUUUCAAGGUGGAGUGCCUGAUGCUUGGGGCGGUGUUGGCAUCGAGACUUCUGCUGCAUACAUCGGUCCCGAAUUCGAACGCAUCUUCUACAAGAUAAAUUACGGCUUUCGCGCUGCCAUCCAGAAUCUUUACAUGAUCUUUGGGGGAACAAAUUGGGGCAACUUGGGCCAUUCUGGUGGUUACACCUCGUACGAUGUGGGUGCGGCCAUCGCCGAAGAUCGGCAAGUCAUCCGCGAGAAAUACAGUGAAUUGAAGUUACAAUCCAACUUCCUACAAGCAUCGUCUGCUUAUCUCGAGACACACUCAGAUAAUGGGAGCUAUGGGAUCUACACAGACGCCACCUCCCUCGCGGUCACCCGGUUAGCCGGGAAUCCUACCAAUUUCUAUGUGGUACGCCAUGGAGAGUUAACCUCGCGAGAGUCGACUUCAUAUAAGCUACGCGUGAAUACUAGCGCAGGGAACCUGGCAAUUCCUCAGCUAAGUGGAUCCUUAAGUCUACAUGGUCGAGAUUCGAAGAUCCACUUGGUCGACUACAACGUCGGAAAUGUCAGUCUGAUCUAUUCCACGGCCGAGCUCUUCACAUGGAAGCAGGCAGGCUCCAAGUCAGUGGUUGUUCUCUACGGAGGUGAAGAUGAGCUCCAUGAAUUUGCUGUCCCUGCAAAUAAAGGCAAACCAACCUCUAUUGAAGGCGACGGUUUGCAGGUUCAGCAGAUCAACUCGACUACUGUCAUACAAUGGGCAGUCCAACCGUCACGCCGAGUUGUGCAUUUCAGCGAUACCCUUGAGGUGCAUCUACUUUGGCGGAACGAGGCAUACAACUACUGGGUCCUCGACCUGCCCGUUCCAGGGGCUAUAGGCCGACACGUCUCCCGAUCACAUACCAACCGAUCUGUCAUUGUCAAGGCCGGAUAUCUGCUACGAACUGCCGAAAUAAUUGGCACGUCCCUCUAUCUGACAGGCGACAUCAACACCACCACUACCAUCGAGCUCAUUUCCGCCCCUCAGCCAGUAACUAGCAUUCUCUUCAACAAAAAUCGUAUCCCGACUACCAUCACAUCACCAGGCCGCCUCACCGGCACCCUCACCUACCACAAGCCCAACAUCAGCCUACCAGACCUCACAACGCUCGACUGGUACUACCUCAACACCCUCCCAGAGGUCCACGAUCCCACAUACGACGACCACCUCUGGACUCCUUGCACACACACCACAACCGCAAAUCCACGCAACCUAACGACCCCAACAUCCCUCUACGCCAGUGACUACGGCUACAACGGCGGCACCCUCCUCUACAGAGGCACCUUCACCGCAACCGGCAAUGAGACUUCCCUCUACCUCCUCACUGAAGGCGGCUACGCCUACGGCCACUCCAUCUGGCUCAACAACACAUUCCUCGCCUCCUGGCCAGGAAACCCAGCGUUCCUCCUCUCCAACCAAACAAUCACAUUCCCGUCCCCCCUCACCCCGGGAACCACCUACAAACUAACAAUCCUAAUCGACCACCUCGGCAACGACGAGAACUUCCCCGCGAACGGCGAAUUCAUGAAAGAUCCGCGCGGAAUCCUAGAUUACACUCUUCACGGCCGCGACGACAAAUCAGCUAUAUCGUGGAAAAUGACGGGUAACUUUGGUGGAGAGAGUUACGCUGAUCUAAGUCGUGGUCCACUCAAUGAGGGGGCGUUGUUCGCUGAACGAAAGGGAUAUCAUCUCCCCGGUGCGCCGACGGAGCAGUGGACGAAGAGGUCGCCGUUUGAUGGACUCCCGGAGGAUGAGAGGCCCGGGGUGGGGUUCUUCGCGACGAAAUUCGAUUUGCAAAUCCCGGAUGGGUAUGAUGUGCCUAUUAGUGUUGUGUUUGAGAAUAGUACUAUGGCUGGUGAUGGAUCGGGGCCUGCGAGAUUCCGGUCCGAGCUUUUUGUGAAUGGAUGGCAGUUUGGGAAGUACGUCAAUCAUAUCGGCCCACAGCUUAGCUAUCCCGUCCCUGAGGGCAUUCUAAACUACAAUGGGAGCAAUUACCUUGCUCUGACCAUCUGGGCUAUGGAUGAGAAGUCGUUCAAGUUGGAUGGAUUGCGGCUGCAGGCUAACGCAGUGGUGCAGAGUGGGUAUCGCAAGCCAAGUCUUGUGAAGGGAGAGGUGUACAAGGAACGGGUUGAUAGCUAUUGA